UAAUCUCCCACUUAAUGCCACCUUGUCAUUUAAAGUUCGUAAAAGCAUGUCAAGGUCCAGGACGAGGCACAUUCCGAAAGUCUUUUCGCGCUCAAUCCACCACACUCAAACGUGCAAGUGGGAUGUACGGUAUGUUUGUAUGUUUGUAUGUAUGUCUGUAUGUAGAUAACUUGGGCACGUACCUUUUGGCUUCUUAGAACCGCAAAAGUUCGAAGAUUUGAAGGUAGAAUAGCGACUGAGUGAACGAGUGAGUAAUGAAUCUGGAGCUUAGUCGCCUUGAGAAUGAUUAAGGUUUGUUCCCGCCUCUUUCUAUUGAGUCAUUUCAAAGAAACUCGAAGAGAAUGCUCAUUGGAAAAAUUCAUGGGUGCAUGAGAUAUGUCCAUCGCCCCGAAACAUUUGUGCUUUUCACUCGAUUUGAAAAGAGCAUCUGUAUGAUUAUCGACGUAUCUCCCAAGCGCCAAAGCCAAAGUUAAAGGCUGAGGACUGAAGGCUGAAGCAGGAUCAGGGGUUCUUUCUCCCUUUUCCGUCCGAUACUCUCACGUCUUCACGGACAUCGAGCGGUUCUCGUCGAGGAGAGGAACACGCGAAGCCAAGGACCGGCGUUGGAACAGGGAUUCCCCAUUGAACGAAGGAACUGGAUCUGCGAAGGAUGUUCCCGAACUGCGACGCAAUCUCAGAGGGCAGUUCCACGGAUUGAGUUUGAAAGCAACAACAAACAUUGGAGCUAGUCCUUGACUGACUCUUUGUAGGCCAAGACUACCGAUUCCAUCCAGCGAGCUGGACGAAACAUUCCUGCGCAUUUGAUCAUAGGCUCUGAUGACCGAGUGGCUUGCGAAUUGAUUAUUUGAUUUCUACCCUCGCCAAGAAUCGCCAUAGUAAAUUCUUGAUUUAAUCGUGCCACAAGGAUCUCCAAAGCUCAGUUCUUCAUGGGCGCUGCUCAUUCGAGAGCCAGACCAGGAGCUGGACCGGCCAAAGUGAGCAAGAUGAAACCCGAUCCAAUUUGCAACACAGCCGUUAAGGAAAGCAAUUAUGGAUACUUCAUCCUAUGUAUCAAGGCUUGUGAUAAAAUCAAGAUCGUCAAUCCGACCAAUCCGGUGCUGAAACUCGUCACAGCAGUGGUGAAGAGGCACUUUAAGAUCCUCAAAUCUGGUUGGGACAGGCAUUUGGCCUUCUCCUUCAAGUUGCAGCCCUCCAAUCGGCAUGCUCUCAUCCACCUAACGGCUGAGGUUCUCCUGACCCUAUACAAAAAUGGGUGGGAACCCAUGACACCCAUUGACUUGAGUGUCAAAGGUAUUGCUCAGAACCAGACUGCGAUUUGCUUCCGGAGGGAAACGCCAGAGGAGGAUAUUCCGACCUCCUCGACUCCACUUUCCAACAGCUUUGAGGACUUCAUGUCGCAGAGGGAAAAUCAGGACUGUCUUUGUCUCGAAACGAACGGCAAGAACAUCCUUGGCUUUCACGAGGUGCCCAACACAAUUCUCUGUGAUUUGGUUCGAUGUGUGCAAAGCGAAUGGUCCUUGGGUAUCCGUGGCAUCUCGGAUGCCGUGUCUUCCGUUAUUUCUGAUUACACGGCUGACCUGCAGCUGAAUGUCCUUCCGGGGGAGAUUUCGGAUCGGAAAUUCAUCCAGCUCAACGGCAAACCUUGGUCUCAAAGUGAGGAUGAGACGGAUCAUGACGAUGCUCUGUGUGCCGAAAAUCUGGUCCUUAGCAUUGUGGCUUGCUUAGCUCGGGCUCAGUACAAACUUCAGAUCUCCAUCCAAAUGGACAAGCACACCACCGUUUUCUUCUACAUUCACGAUACCGAAAGCAAAGACGUUCGGUUGCCAACAUUUUGUGGCGUGGGUUUGGGCGAGAAAGAUGGGCUCUACGUCUACCGACCAACAAUCACCCGAACUCAAACGUCGUUCUUCCGUUCAAGGAAUGGGAAAGGAAAAUCUAUCCGGAAACGCAUCCGAGCCAGUUUCCGUCGAAAGCCUUCCUCCAAAGAAAAGAAGAAAUCCACCGUGGGCGAGGCUCCAUCUAUAGUAGAACGAGAAGUGGGUGGAGGAAAGCAGAAGAAGGUGUCCAUUAUGGGGAACACGCUCAUGGUCCAACAUGCAUUGGCCAACUCUCUGGAGACACCUUCGGAGGCUGAAACCGAUCCGGAUUCAAUCCAUUAGUGUGAACCUGGUGUUUUGAUCUCAGUUCUUGACUUCUGGGACGAUAGAGAGCGAAAAAAGAAGAUUUUUGAAAUACCUCAGUCCAUGUUUGUCACACAUACCUUACUAUCGGCUAGAAGUUAGAGACAAUUGGCUCUCAACUUCCUCUGCUUGAGAGCUCUGUCCGUAGGGAAAGAUAAACGAGCAUACUUUAGUUAAAGCUCGUAUCCAAUUGAUAUCCUACAUCCGUUCUUGCUUUCAAUUCCUGUUAGUUGAACACCAUCCAGUUUUUUGCAGUUCGCUUUGUGUAAAAAUAAAUUGAAUUAUUUUGAUAACUAUGGUUCCACUUCAACCGAUUGGCAACAUCUAAUAAGCAUCGUCUUGCCUUGUGGGUUGGAAACCUCCAAAUUCAUGGUUUCCAUAGGACGCUCAUAUGUUUGGCAAGAAAAGUUUGGUCGAGAGCCUGUUCUGCCAGAACUUUGGGCAUUAUA